UUCUGGUGGACAUUUUGAAAGUCAGGCUCUGGUUUCCUGCAUAGUAAAUACGUCUGGAUAUUUACACUAGUUCCCAAGUUUCACACAAGGACCCUUACCUCGUGUGUCCCAGUACAGAGUCCUGAGAUGAAGCGUUCUGCUUCAGAAAUGAGUCCCACUGGGGAUUGUAAGGAGGGGGAAACAUCCUCAAAAAUGAGUCUUAACAGAGUCCAGCAGGAGAGAACAGACUCACCUGAACUCAGCUGUGUGUCCAUGAAGAGUGACUGGUCGAUGGAUCUGCCUGUUACCUUUGGACAGGGACAGGUUUCUACAGAUGGAAGACAUCAGCUGAAGACAUGCGAAUCAGCACAUCAACAAGUGGAUUUAUCAACCCUUUUUAAGACACUUGAGGACAAAGCUGUGAAGUUCCUGAGAGACGAAUUGAACACGCUCAAGAUGAAUCUGAGUCAGGAUUACCCAGCAUGUUUUGAGCCUCAGGAUGACAAUGACUUGGACAGUGAAGCUGAGAUCCAGAAAAUGUGCGGCAGAGAGGGGGCUCUGAAGAUCACACUGUACAUCCUGAGGACAAUGAACCAGAAGGACCUUGCAGACAUGCUGGAAAAGAAACUCCUGAUGAUACAUCAGCAUAAAUACAGAUGUAAUCUGAAGAAGAAGUUUCAGUGUGUGUUUGAAGGGAAAGCAGAGCAAGGAGAUCCAGUCCUGCUCAAUAAGAUUUACACAGAGCUCUACAUCACUAAAGGUGGUACUGGAGGGAUCAAUGAUGAACAUGAAGUGAGACUUAUUGAAACCACCACCAAGAGUCCAGCAAUACAAGACACUGCGAUUCAAUGCAGUGACAUUUUUAAACCCUUACCUGGAGAAAUGACAGCUAUCAGAACUGUGCUGACAAAGGGGGUUGCAGGCAUUGGAAAAACUGUGUCUGUGCACAAAUUCAUUCUUGACUGGGCAGAAGGAAAAGCAAAUAAAGAUAUUCAUUUCAUAUUUGCUUUUCCUUUCCGGGAUCUAAAUCUGAUGAAGGGUAAAGACUACAGUCUGAUCGAACUCAUUCACCACUUUGUCCCAGAGCUGAAAGAAUUUGGAUCAGCUGAGCUGGAAAGGUGUAAAAUCUUGUUCAUCUUCGAUGGUCUGGAUGAGAGUCGACUUCCUCUAAAUUUCCAGAACAAUCAGAGCUGGUUUGAUGUAACAAAGUCAACGUCUUUAGAUGUGCUGUUGACCAACCUCAUUAAGGGGAAUCUGCUUCCCUCUGCUCUCAUCUGGAUAACCUCCAGACCAGCAGCAGCAGGUCAGAUCCCUCCUGAGUGUGUCCACCAGGUGACAGAGAUACGAGGGUUCAGUGAUCCUCAGAAGGAGGAGUACUUCAGGAAGAGAUUCAGUGACCAGAACCUGGUCAACAGGAUCAUCACACAUGUGAAGUCAACAAGGAGUCUCUACAUCAUGUGUCAUAUUCCUGUCUUCUGUUGGAUUUCAGCCACUGUUCUUGAGAAUCUGUUUGAUAAUGAAGAUAGUGGAGAAAUACCCAAGACUCUGACUCAGAUGUACACACACUUCCUCAUCUUUCAGUCGAGUCUGAAGCAGAAGUAUCAAAAGAAACAAAUAAUGGAGCUUCAUAAGAUUUUACAUUCAGAGAGAGAAUUCCUUCUUAAACUAGGGAAGCUGGCUUUGAAAAACCUUGAAACAGGAAAUCUCAUAUUUUAUGAGGAAGAUCUGAAUGAGUGUGGUAUUGAUGUCAGAGAAGCUUCAGUGUACUCUGGAGUGUGUACAGAAAUCUUCAAAGAGGAGUGCGGGUUAUACCAGAAGAAGGUUUACUGUUUUGUUCAUCUGAGUGUUCAGGAAUAUCUUGCUGCUUUGUAUUCAGUGUUAAACAAAGGCAAGAAAUACAGUUUUAUAAAACAAACUGCAAAUCGUGAUGAAACUUGGUCAAACUUUCUGAAUAGUUCAGUGGAUCAGGCCUUACAGAGCAAGAGUGGACACUUGGACCUCUAUCUCCGCUUUCUUCUUGGCCUUUCAAUGGAUUCCAAUCAGAAUUUGUUACAAGGGCUCCUGACAGAGAAAAGAAUCAACUCAUUUGAUACUGAAAAAACAGUCCAGUACGUCAAGGAGAAGAUCAGGGAGAAUCUGUCUCCAGAGAGAACCAUCAGUCUGUUCCACUGUCUUAAUGAACUCAAUGACAAUUCUUUAGUGGAGGAAGUCCAAGGUUACCUGAACUCAGAAAAUCUUUCAGCCAAACACCUCUCACCUGCACAGUGGUCAGCUCUGGCCUUUGUGUUACUGAUGUCAGAUGAGGAAAUGGAUUUGUUUGACCUGAAGAAAUACAUCAGAUCAGAGGAAGGUCUUCUGAGGCUGCUACCAGUGGUCAAGAUCUCCAAAACAGCUCUCCUCAAUCAGUGUGGACUGACAAAGAGAUGCUGUGAAGCUCUGGCCUCAGUUCUCACCUCAAACUCCUCACACCUGAGGGAGUUAGACCUGGGUCACAAUGACUUCCAGGAUUCAGGAGUGAAGAUAUUCUCUGCUGGACUGGGGAACAAACACUGUAAACUGGAGAUACUGAGACUGUCUGGCUGUGCUAUCAGAGAGAGAGGCUGUGAAGUUCUGGCUUCAGCUCUGUUUUCGAACCCCUGUUCACACCUGAGAGAACUGGAUCUGAGUUACAAUCAUCUAGGAGACUCAGGAGUGAAGCUGCUCUCUGAUCUCCUGGAGGAUCCACACUGUAAACUGGAGACACUGCAACUGUCUGGCUGUUGUGUCACAGAGGGAGGCUGUGCUUCUCUGGCUUCAGCUCUGCAUUCAAACCCCUAUUCACACCUGAGAGAACUGGAUCUGAGCUACAAUCACCCAGGAGGGAAACUGUGUUCUGAUCUACUGGACAAUCCACACUGUAAACUGGAAACACUGCGUGUGGACCAUGGUGGACAGUGCAGGAUCAGACCAGGACCUAGGAAAUACUUCUGCCAGCUCACACUGGACCCCAACACAGUAAACACACACCUGUAUCUGUCUGAGGACAACAGGAAGGUGACAUGGAGUAAAGAGGAACAGAAACAUCCUGAUCAUCCAGACAGAUUUGACUUUUGGUACCAAGUUCUGUGUGUAGAGAGUGUGGCUGGUCGCUCUUACUGGGAGGUUCAGUGGUCUGGAAAUAGGGCUGAAAUAGGAGUGACUUAUAAAGGAAUCAGAAGGAAAGGUGACAGUGAUGACUGUGUUCUUGGAAACAAUGAAAAUUCCUGGGUUCUGUGCUGCUCUGAUAAGAGAUACUCUGUCAGACAUAAUAACGCACACACUGCCAUAGCUGCACUCCCCUCCCCCAGAGUAGGAGUGUAUGUGGACUGUGUGUCCGGCACUCUGUCCUUCUACAGCGUCUCCUCUGGUGAACUGACCCUCCUGCACAGGUUCACCUCCACAUUCACUGAGCCCCUCUAUCCUGCAAUUAGGGUUGGGGAUUCAGUGUCCCUGUGUGAUCUGGGAUAGAAACACACACACACGGACACAAAGCCACACAGGGACAGACACACACAUACAGUGUUAGAAU